AUGAAACGAUUUGGAGAACCUUUACUUGUAAGGAAUGCAGAAAGUUUCCAUGAGGUUAAAUUUUCAUCCCAAAAAGCUUUCAGUGUUCACGACAUGAACAAGAUGAUCGUAGAAGUUCUCAUUCGAACAUAUUCUCAUAUGAAUGUCUUAACUACUCAUGCCAAUGUUUUCUGCUUAUUCUUGUUUUUCGUCUCUCUUUCAAAGGAGAUGAGAUUAAAUCAAUGUUCAUCUUAUAAUGAUGAAGAAAUGUGUAUUCAAGACGCGAGUAUGAAAGGAGAAAGUUUACUUCGUGAUAAGAUUAGGCAGAUGAAUUUAUACAAAGGUGAAGUUCUGAGUUGUGACGAUGAAAUGAAAACUGAGAUAACUUGA